UUCCACGCUUUUAUUUUGAAGGACAGAUACCCUAACCGGAAGAUCUGUCUUGCCAGGAUAAAUGUAGUCAUACCUGCUUUAUGACGCCACGACGACAUCACUACAACUCUUAUCAGCAAAGAAAGAACUGUUGCGACGUGUAUUACCGACUAUAUUUACAAGAUAAUGUAGAGGAGACGUUUAUGUGACGUUGCCGUAUUUCCAGUCUACAAACAUUUAGCUGAACCACGGAGCGGUGAGAGAAUCGCCUCAGGGCGGACAGGUGAGGCAGUUUCGUCAGACUGGCAGACAGGCAGACUGUGUGUGCUGUCAGAGGAGACGCGAUGUGGAGCAGCAGUCGGUGGGCUCUUCUACCUCCCGUCUACUCUGUGCUCACUGCUGCCGGACUGUGGCUGGUAUACUUUGUAGCUGUAAAUGAUGAGAAGAUCGCACCCCUGGGUUCAUCAUACAGGAGAAGAAAUGGAUCGUUUUAUCCUCCCUUCAUUAGUAUUGCAGGCAACUUUUCACCAGCCAGCUGCAUCUUCAGCGGUCAGCUGAACGUGUUUGUCUUUUCAGGGUUCAUAAUUGCUGUCCUCAGAUACCUGCAGCUGAAACACAGAACAUACCAUCAAUGGCUGAAUGUCGGUUGUCUGGUGUUUUUUUCUGUCGGCUGCUUUGGGAUGACGCUGAUUGGAAACUUCCAGGUAUUUACUGAGAAGAUGAUCCACAACGUUGGCACCUUAAUGACGUUUGGACUGGGAACGCUGUACUGCUGGGUGCAGUCCUACAUCACCCUGAGAGUGGAUCUGAAGAAUGAAGGGAGGAAGGCUGGGAUCAUCCGCUUCCUGUUGUCUGGAUCCAUCACCGUCUGCUUGAUCCUCUACUUCUCCCUGAAGAGUCAGCGCCUCCACAUGCAAGCAGCUCAGAGCCAGUGGGCGCUGGUCAUGUUCUUCAUCACCUUCCUCGGCACUUUUGCCAUCGAGUUUCGCCACAACCGCUUCGACAUCGUGUGCACAGACAACUCUGGGCGUACAGCGAGCCGGUCAGAGGCGCUCUCUGAAGCGUCCAGGUACCAGCCGGACCAAAUGUUGGGAUAAAGAUAUUCAGGUUAAACUGCAGGAGGCGCAUGGAUCAGCAACUUUGAGAUGCAUUUAUUCCAUCUUUUUUUACUCUACUCACUCUUACCAAAUAAUCACCACUUCAUGUACGCAUGUCUGACUGUAAGAUAUUUUUUAUCUACAAACAUUCAAAAGUAGAAAGUCAUUGUACUCAUUUCUCUUUAUAUGCAAGGACACUUUUUUUAAACAUUACAAACGUCUACAUGUUUUACUUGUCUAUAUCUACCUAUAGAUGUUAUGAAUCAAAACGCAAGUUUGCACAGUACGCAAUCAGUAUCAAUAAAAAGACAGCAACAUUGUU